CAUCGGUAGUGAUCAGUAGCAAAGAUGGCGGAUCCGUUAAGUUUGUUGCGGCAGUAUAAUGUCAAUAAAAAGGAGAUAAUUGAACGGGAAAAUCAAAUUAUAUUCGGCGAAUUUUCCUGGCCCAAGAAUGUGAAGACAAAUUAUUUAACUUAUGGAUCUGGCAAAGAAGGAACACCCAAGGAAUAUUACACUCUCGAGUGCCUCCUUUUCCUGCUCAAGCAUGUUCAACUCACGCAUCCAGUGUAUGUGCGGCAGGCGGCCGCGGAGAACAUACCGGUGGUACGUCGACCCGACAGGAAGGACUUGCUGGCUUAUCUCAAUGGCGAGACUGCCACAUCAGCCGCCAUAGACAAAUCAGCACCGUUAGAGAUCCCGACGCAGGUGAAACGUGCCGCUGAGGACGGCUUGGAAAGCGGUUCAUUGAAGAAACCGCGUUUCGAGGAGACUCAUGUGCAAAAGGUCAAGGAACAGCUGGCUGCGCGACUGGAUGCACCGAAGGAAGCAUCGGUCACCGUUGACAACAUCAAAUCGCUGUCGGAAGCGAUGUCAGUGGAGAAGAUCGCCGCGAUCAAGGCGAAGCGUUUGGCCAAGAAGCGCACCACCAUCAAGGAGAACGAUGACAUCGGUAUGGGUUCAGAUCUGCGUGUGAUCCUCGACAUGGAUGUGGACGACACGAAGGACAUCGUGUCGCGAGAACGCCAAUGGCGGACACGCGCCACCAUAUUGCAGAGUAGCGGCAAGAUCUUCGCGAAAAAUAUCUUCGCGAUUCUGCAGAGCAUCAAGGCGCGCGAGGAGGGUCGACAAAAGGGCCCGACCGUGCCCACGCCGAUGGUCACGCCACGCUCGACACCAAUGCGCCCGUUACCGCAGCCGGCCGUCUACAAUCGUUACGAUCAAGAGCGUUUCAUCCGGCAAAAAGAGGAGACUGAGGGUUUCAAGAUCGACACUAUGGGCACAUAUCACGGCAUGACGCUCAAGUCAGUGACUGAAGGCACGAAUCCGGCCGUGAGGAAACCACCGAGCAAUCCGUCCACCACACAGAACUCUGGUCUGCUACCGACCUCAGCCGCCAAGCUCACGCCUCAGCAAGCUGCGCAGAAUAAACGACCAAGCCGAACCCCAAUCAUCAUCAUUCCCAGCGCCAAUACAUCGCUCAUCACCAUGUACAACUCCAAGGAUAUACUGCAAGACCUCAAGUACAUCAGCAACGAGGAUAAGCGUGCCCAAGGCUCCAAGCGCGAGAACGAGGUGCUGCUGCAGCGUCGUAAAGAGGGCGGCUUGACCGUGCCGUACCGGGUAGUCGACAAUCCGCAAAAACUCACCAACGCCGACUGGGAGAGGGUGGUCGCCGUGUUCGUGAUGGGACCAGCGUGGCAAUUCAAAGGCUGGCCGUUUGACGGUAAUCCGGUGGAGAUCUUUUCAAAAAUAUGCGCCUUUCAUUUGAAGUAUGACGAGAUGAGAUUGGACGCAAACGUAGCACGUUGGGCGGUCACAGUAAUCGAAUUGAGUCGGACAAAGAGGCACUUGGACAGGGCGGCCUUAAUGAUAUUCUGGGAACAUCUCGACAAGCAUAUGAUCAAGAAUAAGCCGCAUCUUCGUUUUUAAACGCUAUUCAAUUUUGCGAAUGUUAUGGGCGUUUUUUAAAUAUUUUCUUAAGUACGAAAGACAGAGAGAGAGAGAGAGAGAGAGAGAACUGUAUAUAAAAUUAAGACAGAGAAAGAUGUAACAUUUGUGUAUGUAUAUAUCUAUAUAUAUAUAAUGUAUGUAUAAUUACGAUGUAAGUACGAAUACGCACCAAGAGCGUAUCUCUUCACACCACGUACAUCUCGAUUAACACAAACACGCUACUUUCGGCGACGCUCGACCACUUAACCGCCGAAACGUGGAGAGGAGACCACGAUUUUUUAAUUGUAAUAAAUUUUGUAGGUUAUAAUGAAUUUAGUAGUGAGAAUCUCUCUCGGUUCGUUUACUGUUCACAAACCGGCCCCAAUGCGCCGUCGUUUUCAUCAUGAGAUUCAUCAUCCAUUUGUGAUUCAGCGCGUGCUCUGAAGGACGAUAAAGUCUCGCAGCAGCGAUUACAUUUAGUGCGAACUGAUGUGCCUGUUAUCGAAUAAUUAAUAAAAACAUCGAGACACACACACACACACAUGGGCGUUGUGCGGGCAUUCUAUCCCGGAGCAAACACAACCUGAGUCCACGCUUAUCCACGUCAACGGGAUCAACUGUGCGACGUUUUGCGGCAAGCGAGGAAAAAAAUGCCGUGAGUAAUUACUUUGCGACUCACACUCGCCAAUUACAGCAUGAUGUAUAGUAGAGACUUUAGCGUUCAGCUCGACGCGCAUAGAGACGAGAGGAAGAGUACGCGCGUUAGGGAAGUUGAAGAAAAACUACAUAGGGAAAUCCGCGCGAGGUCAGAAGAGAUUCGUGACGGGCGACACACUGUCGAAUGCGAUCGUCUCGAUUCCGAUAAUUUGAUUCGUUGAUAUUUUCAUAGGUUUAAGCAAGUCGAACGUAAGCCUACGAAGUCGUAGUCCCCGAAUGCAUUGAUGAAGAGUCUCCUGAAGCAAUUCUCCGAGCGAUAGAGCGACUGAGCAAACGGGGAUUACAUUUCGACGGUCGAUAGCGGUGUUAAGUUUCUCCGAGCGUGCUUUGUAAUUCGAGACACGACGCCGUGAAUCCUUUCCCGAGGGAAGAAGAACACGAGGAGUGAAAGAGAAAAAGGGGAGAGGGAUGAAGCCGGAGAAUCGAGAACGCGUCGCGAUGCGGCGCGAUGGACCGUCGUGUUUUCUCUCCUCCUAAAACCAAAGCCAAAGUAAAUCGCUCGCGGCGGCUUCGAGCGGGGUGCGGGACUGACCGGCCGAGCGUUGUUUAUACGGCGGAUCGAAUAUUUCUAACUAGAUUACCGUCGCCCUAUUACUUCGACAAAUACGACGGAUUUUGCCCCUCGUAUCUACCGCGAUCCCGUUUUCCUCGAGUGGAGACGAAGAGAGAAAGCCGCGCGUUUCUCUUCAAUUAUCGCGACCGCAUUUCGUCACGCGGAGAAUUGAAUAACGCCGUUUCUACUUCCGGUAGAAGUCGAUAGAAAGCGACACAAGGGAAGCGUUUUAACAAUAUAUAGCUGUACUGAGCUUUAACGAUGCCUUAACAUUCAUCAGGCGAAAGGUCGUUGGUCUUUCUAAUCGUUCGCAUAGUCUCUUCAUGUGCAUAGAUCAUCAUUGUUGAUCAUUUUUAGCUGAUCUAACAUUUCGACAGUUUGAUAUAUCAAGUCGAUUCCAGACACGAUGGGGAUGAGCAGCGAUGGGGACUAGCGAGUUUUCGCCCAGAAAAGAUUCAGGACUUUAACCAAGUUCAGAAAAAAGCUCCUCGUCGCGCAAUUUCCGAUUGACGACGUUAGAAGCGAGCGAAUACUCGUUAAAAGUAUUUGCAAAAUACGUUGAAAUGAAAAGAUAUAUAUAUAUAUAUAUAUAUUCAUAAGAUAACACUUGUAGUUGAUCGAACAGAUUUAUAAGGUAGUCCGAACACUUUCCUUUUACCUCUAACAAUCGAAUAAAUUAUCAAUAAAAUAACAUGACAUGUGCAACCUGCUACUACUUUUUAACUUUUUAAUCUUUUCUCGUGAUUCUGUGUGUUUCUUUAUAAUUUUACAUGAUACUGUGUGUGAAUAUAUCGGUUACUAUAUCUUCUCGCUUCUAAUGUCGUAAGUCAAGAUGGCCGCAGCGGAAGGAAACAGGACCCUCAAAGCUUUCACUAAUUCAGGCUUUAUUGCAGCUCAGUGUGGAUAUAUUAAAACCCGUUC